GGAAUUAUGAAGAUCCUCUCUGCGAAUUCGAGUUUCGACAGUUCUAGAGCCCCUCAGCAAGCGGCCGGUGUGUGUUCUGGUGUCUGUCUCGGGGGUUACCCUAGAGUAUCGUUCAGUCGUUCAACAUGGCGAUGCCAAUCAAGCCUGGAAAGGCUGGAGUGGAGGAGGCAAUUGAGACUGUCCACCGCAUUCGUAUCACCCUUUCUUCCAAGAAUGUGAAGAACCUCGAGAAGGUGUGCGCUGAUCUGAUCAAGGGUGCUAAGGACAAGAGGCUCAAAGUGAAGGGUCCUGUUCGCAUGCCCACCAAGGUGCUGCACAUUACCACCAGGAAGUCUCCUUGUGGGGAAGGUACCAACACCUGGGAUAGGUUUGAGUUGCGUGUGCACAAGCGAGUGAUCGACUUGCACAGUCCCUCUGAGGUUGUCAAGCAGAUCACCUCCAUCACUAUUGAGCCUGGUGUUGAGGUGGAGGUUACUAUUGCCGAUGUUUAAGUGAGCGCUUCACAGUGGAUUAUUGUGAAUGCCAUGGAACAUUCAUUUUAUACUUCCAUUUCAUGAAAUCCAUGGAUUUGAGUUCCACUUCCACUCGCGUUA